AUGGAGCAUUCAACAGAAUCUUGUUCAAAGAAAUCAAAGGGUUUGAACAUUGGAGAAUACCAAAUUGAGGGUUUAUCCAUUGGAGGCCAUGAAACUUGCAUCAUUGUUCCCAACUUUAACGUAGCUUUCGAUAUUGGUCGUUGCCCACCUCGUGCUGUUUCUCAAGAUUUUCUCUUAAUCUCCCAUGCUCACAUGGAUCACAUUGGAGGGUUACCAAUGUAUGUUGCCACGCGUGGUUUAUACCGAAUGAAGCCGCCAACGAUUAUUGUACCGAAUUCGGUGAAAGAGGAUGUAGAGAAACUCUUUGAGAUUCACAGGAAAAUGGACCAAUCUGAGCUUAAGCAUAUUCUCAUAGGCUUGGAUGUAGGAGAAGAAUUUUCUCUGAGAAACAAUCUUAAAGUUAAGGCUUUUCGGACUUAUCAUGUAAUACCCAGCCAGGGUUAUAUACUUUACUCUGUAAGAAAUAAACUUAAACCCGAGUUUAUUGGUCUUUCUGGAAAUGAAAUUAAGAAUUUGAAGUCAUCUGGUAUGGAGAUAACAAACACUUUGGCAGAACCCGAGAUUGCUUUCACAGGAGACACCACAUCUGAUUUCAUAAUUGACGAAAAUAACACUGAUGUCUUGCGGGCUAAGCUUCUUGUGUUGGAGUGCACUUUUCUUAACAAUUCAAUGACUGUGGAACAUGCCAGGGAUUAUGGACACACUCAUUUGUCUGAGAUAAUAAACUAUGCCGAUAGGUUACGGAACAAAGCAGUCCUUUUGAUUCACUUUUCAGCUCGUUAUACAGUAGAGGAAAUUCAACAAGCGGUAAGUGCAUUGCCACCAUCGUUAGCUGGUCGGACUUCUGCGCUCACCGAAGGUUUUUAA